AAUACAUUUAAAUAUACUUAUUAUACAUAUUGUAUUACAAAAUUGAAAUUUUCAAUAAAUAAUUGAUUACUUCACUGUGAAGCAGCAGCUCAGCAAAUGUCUAGUGUCUAGCUUUUAAUUUAUUUCUGAAAAUAUCUAUGUUGGCAAAAAACUAUUUUUUCUGUGUACAUAAAAAUGCAUAAACUGCUUUGUGCACAUAUUUAUAUUGUGAUUAUAUUAAAGGAAGUUUCUUGGUAAAUAAACUAAAUUUCUCAUUUGUGAGUUCAGAAUAUUCAGACUGGAUGUCUACUUCCAAAUAACGUGAUUAUAUCUUAUAUCUCUAGAUAAUAACCCUUAGGGUAUGAUUUAGAGUUGAAACAUAGCGGUAAAAUGUAUUGUGAAAUAAGAGUUUCUGAAGGGUUGUUGAAGGGUAAAGUUUGCAAUACUCCCUGUGGUAAAGAGUAUUACAGCUUUGAAGGCAUUCCCUAUGCAAAACCACCUCUUGGACCACUUAGAUUUAAGGCUCCAGAAAAGAGUGAAAAAUGGUCUGGUGUUCUUGAUGCAACAAAACCAGGAAACAAAAGUGUACAAAUGAACCUAAUAGAUGGCUCAAUUGAAGGAUCGGAAGACUGCUUAUAUCUAAACAUAUAUACACCAAGUUUGCCAUCUGAAAAAAUACAAAAGCUCCCAGUUCUAUUCUUUAUACAUGGUGGCAGGUUUUUAAUGGGUUAUGGUGAUUAUUACCGACCAGACUAUUUGAUCCGACACGACGUUAUCUUAGUUACAAUUAAUUAUAGGCUAUCAAUUUUUGGGUUUCUUUGUCUUCACACUCCAGAAGUGCCUGGAAAUGCAGCACUUAAAGACACUGCUAUGGCAUUAAAAUGGGUACAAAAUAACAUAGAACAAUUUAACGGUGAUAUUAAUAAUAUUGUAGCAUUUGGAGAAAGUGCUGGAGCGGCUAUUGCAAUGUCCUUCCUAAACUCAAAAAUGAUUGAUGGUAUUUCAAAGAUAAUUGCGCAAUCUGGUACAUCUCUAUCAGAUUUGUUUAUGAUAGAUGAUGACCCAGUGGAAAGGGCUAGAGCAAUAGGCUCAAGUUUGAGUCACAAAGUAAGAAAUACAGGGGAACUGUAUGAUUUACUUAUAAAUGCUUCCACAGAGGACUUAAUCCGGGCGUAUAUGUCUCAGGAAUUAGGUAGAGAUAUUACUACUAUUCAUGCGUAUCUUCUACCGGUGGUUGAAAAGCAAUUCGACAAUACCGAACGGUAUUUUGACGAAUACCCUCUUCAAUCGAUAAGAAAUAAUCGAUCUAAAAAUAUACCGUGUAUCUUGAGUAUGGCGACACAGGAAGCUGCAUUAUUUUUGAACCGCGACGCUUCGGGAAAUAUUAUUUUCGUCAAUAAUUUACGAAAAUAUAUACCAAACUACGCGUUUGUCGAUCGUGAAUCGAAAGAAGCGUACAAUAUAGAGAGGGUAUUGAAAAAAAUGUAUUUCAAAGACAAAGAAAUUGGUCCUUCGACGCUUCCGGAAUAUCUGACAUUUGUAUCCGACGCUUACUUCGCUCGAGAUUUCGUUUAUACAGCUGAAAUUCUAUCGUCAAAAUGCAGUUUUUAUUUAUGUAGAUUCGAUUACCCGGGAAAUAUGAAUACGCGGAUCAUGAAAAAACUCGGUGUUGAAGGUACAACACAUGGUGAUCUAAUACAAUAUGUGUUUUAUAAGGAGAAGAAAGUGAAAUUGUGUAAAGAUCGCGAUAGAGCUAUUAUAGAUAUGUUGUGUGAAACGUGGUGCAAUUUCGCGAAGACUGGAAAACCAUCAUGGAAACAUCAAAACACCGAGUGGGUACCAUAUAAGAAGAGCCAAAACUUAUGUCUUAAUAUAGCUGAAAAUAAUAUUAAAUGUAUACCGUUACCAGAGUUCGGUAGGAAUAAGGUUUGGAUAGAUUUAGUAUGCCAAAGGUCUAAAUUAUAAUUCGUGUUAUAAAGUAUUAACCUUCCUUUAAUUAGCAUCAUUUUAUUUUUAUAAAUUAUCUAAAUAUUUUAUUGAAUUUGUACAGCUAGGGAGAAAAAUAUCUAUAUGAUUUGCUUGUGUGGUAGAAGUUUUUAAGGAAUAUUAGGGUCCACGUCUGCCACCAUUGUAGCGCUGCUCAAUUAAUACCUAAAUAUUGAAAAAAAAGGUGCACUAUCAUUUAUCUGAUUUUGAUGUAAAUGGUAUAACCACCCCAGAGAUAGACAGGAUCAAAUGAUUUAGUAUCGACUUUUUACACAUUUAAACUUCUGUAGCUUAAAAACGCAGCAACAUACGUACGUUGCUGCGUUUUUUUCUCUUCAUUCUACGUACCGAAUACGAAACACGAGCAAAUCUUAUACUUAAAUGCUCACCAGCAUCUCCUCUCCUCCAUUAAUUUAUAUUCAGAUUUUUCAUUCCGUAGAAUUCUGAUAUUUCAUAAGUGUUGCUACUUAAUAAGUUCUCCACAGAAAAAGGGAAAAAUUCACCAAUUUGAGGGUAAUUAAAAAUGAAAUGUGUGUAAUACUUAUUUUUGUUUUACCUACAAAAAGGUUAAUCUAAAUGAAUUACUAAAGUGAUUUAAUACAAAAAUAACAAAUAUAUCAAUAUCACGAACAAUAUAUCUAAUAAACUUAUUUUUUUUAUAUAUUUAGCUGGCAUCACUGCCUAGUAAACUAAUUUCCAAGUAAACCCUUUUAUAAAAAUAAAAUUUUAUCUGCUGCGUUUUUUUACUGGUUGUGAUAAAAGCGGACGUAAUUAUCAAAUAUCACUCACCGUUUUAUGUAAAAUUGAUAUAUUGACUAACAAAUAAAAUGUAUGUAUAGAUGUUCACUCGUAUUUUAAUUGAAAAAAAGGUUUGCCAUCUCUGACAAAAAAUUAUAGCUGUCAGAAUUAUACGGAAUUCAAAGUCAGAGUAUAGAUAGAAAAUACAUUUUCUUAUAUCGGCUAGAGGCCUCUCGACUUAUUUAAAGUGACUUAACUAUUUGCAACACGCAACAACUUAUGUAUUGUGAUUGUUUAGUUUUAACAUCUGAAAUGACAUGUUAAGUGUCAAUGUAUGUACAUGAGUAUCUGUGGCUUUAUGAACUUAAUCCUUUUUAACUUAGCCUAGCCUUAGCACUGCACUUUUAGAUAUUGAAUAGCGUUGCUCGAUUAUUAUUGCUUAAACCCCAUACCAAUAACAAUCAAGCGACUUGAGUAGAGAAGAUAUUGAACAAAAGACAAGCGAUUCUUUAGUCCAAUCAUAGUCAUGUAAUGGAAUCCGUUUGACUAAUCACAAACAAAUGUAACACGCCAUUAGCCGGGUGGAGCGCGUGUGUCCGGUAGGGCUAAUCUUCCGUUUUAUUUUUAACGACAGUACAGUAAAUGUGUUCUGUUAUUAUAUAUUCAUUUUAAAGGCUUCGCCACCCGCUUGUCAAAAUAGGGCAGAGGGCCAUGUUGAUAUAGAGGAUGGAAAACCUUCAACAUGGAUAUUCUUACAUGGAGAUCUUCAUAAGAACAAAUCUCGAUAAAUUAAUUAUAAAAAAAAAAAAAUUUCCAUUCUUUGGGUGCCGCCAGCCUGGCGAUGCCUUUGUUUCUUAUUAUAUACUUAUAGUGACAUACGACGAUGACGUUAGUAAUAUGACUUAACUAUUUAACUUUAUUGCUGGUAUGGUUAAAAGUUUUACAGGGUUUUUAAGUAAAUGUUUUGUUAUUGUUACCUAUUGAAGUGAUAUGGAAUUAUAUUAUUUUGUUAAGAUAUUUUUAGGUGAUUGGAA